GUUUUUCGUCAUUAUAUAUUAUCAACUUGAUGAAUAUAGAUGGUAAGAAGUUCAAAGAAAGUAUAUCUGUUUUGUGCAUAUGUUGUAUGCGAAAUUUAGUACAGAUGUUUCAUUCCCGGAACACUGAUAAGGAAACGUUUGCAAAUUUCUUAAGGAACGGGCAAAAUGUGUGCACCUUGCGUCUCUGUAACGGACUUAACAUCUGCCAAUGUUAGCUGAGUGAAAGAUAUUAAUUUAUUCAUUGUGCAGUGCACAUGCAUACUUAUAUAAUUAUUGCAACCCCCACAUGUUCUGCGUGAUAACAAACUGACAGUUGAUGGUACCGAGCGGCUCAAAAUUAUAAAAGCAUCGAGCGACAUGAUAUUGCUUGCAUUCGAUUAUAGUGUGACGUUUCAUGCACAGUGCAAAUGGACAACCAACAAUCCGAUAAAGCAGCAGCUGCAGCAACAAGCGAAGAAGCAGCAACGCCAACAAUCAACACCCUGGUUGAGACGAUAGCGGUCGACAAGGAGGUGGAGGUGGAAAUGGCGGAUGAGGAAUGGUGUGUGGUUGACAGCAGCGAUUCGCCGCCGGCAAAAUGUGUCCACUUUUCCUCAGCGUGUGAUACGCCAAAACGUGGUGGAAAAGGUCGGGGCCACGGCAUUUAUUUUGCCGAUCAACGCGUCAUCGCUCAGGGCAGAGGAAGAGGCCGCCAAAUUGAUGUGGGUGGAGUGAGCGCGGAGUCAUCAUUGCAACAGUCCAGUCGUAAUAGUGGACACCAAGCUGAAGCAUCAUUGAUUCUGCUAGACGUGACAAACUCAUCACAACCGAGAGUCGUGAACGCUACUGCUACUAACAUCGACAACGAAGUUGAAAACAUUGACCCGCAGCAAACCUCUUCAAAGCGGUAAGACGGCAAAACCUAUUACCUAUUAUUACUACUACUACUACAUCUACUAGCAAAAUCAAAAAACUAUGGAUUAUACUAUUGAACGAAGUACUAGCAUAAAUUCGAGUGCAGUUCGCUACAGAUUUGUUUUUAGAAAAAUAUUCAUUGAUGUUGUUCAAACAUUAUUGCAAAUUUUAAAGCCGAAAGUAAUUGAAUUAAUUGUUGAAGAAAGUGAUAAUUUUGACAAAAAUAUUAAAUGGUAUUUUGUUACAACUGUUCAAUUGAAAAAAGUAAAUGUUGAUAGCAGCAGCGAUCAAUCGCAACAAGAAGAAAUCGUUGAAACUAUGACAAACGCAUCGUUUUACAGUUAUACGUCAUUGUUAAUUAAUCUUGAUGAACAAUUAGAUAUUUUGCAAGAUCAAUUUAUUAGUGGUGUAGAGAAAAUUGAAUCAACGCUUGA